AUGUCUGCAACAACUAACACCGAUAAGCACCGACUGAGAGCGGCUAAGGCCUGCCGACGGUGUAAUCAACGAAAGGUCAAAUGCGACGCGACGCAAUUAGGCUUUCCCUGUAGUCGUUGCCGAAUGGACAAUAAUUCCGACUGUGUCCUGCUCACCUCUAAGCGAGGGACAUAUGAUCGGCGGCUCAGACUCAAACGACAUGAAGCGCGCACGGCAGAAUCUCCAAGCCCUAGAUAUGGCACGAAGCACCGUAAGCCGGCGGUGACAAACCCUAGGCAUGCCCCAGAUGACGACGAUGACGACGACGACGACGACGACGACGACGACGACGACGACGAUGAUGAUGAUGAUGAUGACGAUGAUGAUGAUGAUGAUGAUGAUGAUGAUGAUGAUGAUGAUGAUGAUGAUGAUGAUGAUGAUGAUGAUGAUGAUGAUGAUGAUGAUGAUGAUGAUGAUGAUGAUGAUGAUGCUCCUGCUGCUGCUGCUGCUGCCCGCAAUGACUCUCUGCCCCUAUACUGUUCCUUGCCGGCCUCGCAUCUGUUUGAGAGUAACGAGGAACAGGCUUCCACUGCCACCUUUUCGCGUGCCCAAAUGGGUGGCUCCGCAAGUAGCAACAUCAUCGCCCCGUUGACCGCUACCACGGUCCCCGCGAUGACGUCGUCGCGGAAUGUCCCGUCCCUGUCAUCCAUGUUCCAAAAUUUCGUGGGCAAGGAGGGAGAAGAGGCCCUGAAAGCCGAGCUGGUACUAUUCGGGGAGUCCUCGCCCCUGACAUUUUCGUUGCAGCUCCGUCGCGAGGCGGACCCGAACCUGCACGACAUCAGCCACGGCAUCUGCAGUAGCCAGUCGCUGGCCGUCAUCCAGGAGGAUGACCAUCCGGCCCAUCUGGCACCCUAUGAGAUCGAAUGCCUGAAGGCCAAAGGAACGUUUGAGACCCCGGGACCUGAGGUCUUAGAUGACAUAUUCAACGUUUUUCUCGAUCGUUUUUACCCUUUGUACCCCGUGGUCGAUCCAAUCGAGCUCCGAAAGGCUCACGAAAAGCGCAAGGUGCCGUGGAUUCUCCUCCAAUCCAUCUGUUUCAUUGCCAUGACCUUUGGCGAUGCGACCUUGAUCUACAAGGCUGGCUUCCGCUCACGCGUCGUGGCGCGCCGGCUAUUCUACCAUCGUGCCAAGGCGUUGUUUGAUUUCAAUUACGAGAAUAACAAAAUUAUUCUCCUCAAGGUCGCCAUUCUGCUCAGUUUCAAGGGGCCACAGAUGGAUUGUUACUGGAACCCAUGCUCCUGGAUCGAGGUCGGGGUCACCGUGGCAGUCUCGCUCGGCAUGCAUCGCAAGGCCGUCAGCCAAAAUCGGCAUCCCGACGAUCGCGCGCUCCUUAAGCGACUGUGGUGGAUCCUGUCCCUGCGCGAUGCGCACUGUUCGGUCCUCCUCGGGCGUCCAUUUCGCAUCAACAUCAUGCAGUGCGAUGUCGACAUGCUGACUCUGGACGAAUUUGUCGACACCCAUACCCGCGAGGAGAAUUCUGCUACCUAUCACUGUGAUUGCCAAGCGGCGUUUCAAUAUCAAAUCCAUGUAGCGGAAUUGUCCCUCAUCUUGCGCGCCAUCGUGCUCUUCCGGUUCGGGCCUGGCAGUGAAGCGACCUCCGCUGCCGCCAUUCAGGCCCAGCUGGAUACGUGGAAGACCAAAACCAGCGCCGGACAUAUGGCAUCCGUCAGACAUGGGGGGCCUCCAAUCUCGGCAUGGAGUGUGCAGAUGGAGAUUCUGCUCGAAUACCAUACCAUGCUGCUCUACAUGGAUCCACCUGGCCAGGGCAACCUGAACCCGGCGCAGCAGCACUACAGUUCCGACUCCCCAGUCAUCGCCUACUCGUCCGCCUUAGCUAUCUCCUCCGCCGCGAUCAAACUGGUGACCAAGACCUCCCUCUGCGCCCUGCCCCACGAGAUAUUCCCCGCGUUCUUCACGGCUGGAAUCCUGUUGUAUAGACAGGCCCAGCAGGCCGGGGAUUUCCAUCUUGCCAAGAUGAUGCAGGCCAGCUUCGAUAACUGCCAAAUGCUCUUGAACGAAGCGCAAGCCUCCUGGGAUCCCGGGCGCUGGGCAAUGAAAAUCUUUAGCUUCCUUCUGUCGGGGCUAGAUGAAUCGGACCCGGCGAGUACAUUGCAUCAAAACCAGUACCAACGACCGCAGGACGGUGAACAGCAAGCUGGGGCUGGGGCUGGAGUGGGGGCCGAGCCAGGGGGCGAUAACUUGCCCAUCUCUGCUGUCGGACAGGGGGUAGUCAACCCAAAUGGCGAGGCAUUGUGGCCUCCUGGCUUGGUUCUUCCCUGCAUAGAUGAUGACCGAGGUUCCAUGAUGGAUAUUAACGAGUACAUGUUGCUACCGAACUUCUUUGGCCCACCGUAUGGAAAUUAG